AUGGGGAAGGUAUUAGGCACUCCCAUUGUAGUUGAUCAGAGAACUCUUAAUCUAGAGUACGGUAACUUUGCCUCAGUUUUGGUGGAUGUGGAUUUUGCGAAGCACAUUCCUAGUAGAAUCAAGAUUACAGCUGGGGGACGUACUUUCUGGCAAUAUUUGGAGAUUCCACGGGCUCCAAAAUUCUGUAUGAAGUGCUGCAUUAUUGGGCACAAUGAUGAUGAGUGUAGGAGGCAAACUAAAGGUGAUGAUAACUCUUCAAAGGUUGAUACUACAACAAAGGGAGAUUCUUCCAAAGGCUGGCAAACUGCUAGGAAUAGGAGGCAGCGUAAAGGAAAGAAUGCUGAGAACUUUCCUGGUGGUGAUAAUGCUUCAAAAGAUGCGGAGCAUGAUGCUUCAAAAAAUGCAGAACAUGAUGGUGUUCUUGCUGUGUUACCAGGUGAAGUAGAGGAGAAUGCUAUUGGUGCGGAGGAAACCAAUCAGCUUGAGAAUGAGCUAGCUUCUUCUGAAGCUGUUUUUCAUGCAGCGUCUGUAGCUUUAGAGAAAGCAAAGCAGGCGUUAGCUGAGAAAGGAGUAUUAGCUAGUAGGUUACCAGUGGGUGAAAUUGGAACCUCAGCUAAGUCAGUAGGGAGUGGUGAAUUGGCUAGAACUAAUCACUCUCUCACUGAUAAGACUAAUGCUAGCUCUUCUUCUACUCCUUUUGAAACUUCAGGAAGGAAGGGAUGUGAUGUUAUGGUGGACAAUAUUGAGAAUUUGUCUCGCUACAAAGCUAUUAAUGAGAAUGCUUGUGUGCUUUCUCCUAAUAAAUUCAAUGUUUUGUCUGCUGAGUUGGGGUUGGAUUCUGUGCAGCAAUCCAAUGAGCAAAGGGAGGAGAGUUCAGAUGAAGAAAUCACUCCAGAGAAGGCUUCGUCAGGUGUUAGGGGGUCUAAAUGUUCUGACAUACCCGUGGAGCAGCCAAAGAAAUCUAGGAAACCUGUUAGGAUUCGGAUUUCUAAUGAUCAGAAAAGUACUUCUCAACAAAGUACAAAUAAGGAGUCCAAGUCUGAUUCGGAAACUGAGAUCAAUGAUUUGGGAAUUCGAGUUAGAAAGGGAUUCUCCCCAGUUAUACUUAAACGGAAUUCUGAUAGGAUUCCUGAUGCUAGUAAUAAUUCAAAGAAUAUAGUUUCCUGA